CCGGCAGGUCUGCGUGCUUUCAAAAAUGCGAACCCACAGCUGAAGCAUUUCAACAUCGACGUUGCGUCGUCGAUUUUCAUUGACAGAAGGAUAUUUUGUUCGGCGACGAGGAACGAUCAAAACGUCUCUGCAUGACGUUCUAUCUAUGCCUAUACUGCAAAAAGAUUUUUAUCUGAGGCCUAUAACAGAAUUCGUAGAUAGAGCUCCGAAGGAGAUGAUCGAUAAGAUUCAACCAUCCGCUAACAAAGAUGUCAAAGUGACAGUCUCGAUCCUCUCAUGCCUGCACGUGACUACCAUACAAUCGUUCGGCGCGAUAUCGAGGGACAUAAGCAACGAGAAUGCAAAGCGAGAGACGUCGUUAGUGCUUCUUCAAUUGGUUAAUGCGUUGAAGAGUCUCCAGGCCCGCGGGAUUGAGGACGCCAAUGGAUCCCUGAACGACAUUAUACUCUGCAGGGAGAACGUUUCCUAUAGUCUGUAUCUUUUGCAAGAAUCAGAAAUUAAAUAUAGACCUGAGCGAUGA